GGCGCUUACGACCAGUGGCCACUGAGCCGCGCUGACCAGCGGCCGCCAGCACGCGGCAGUGAUCGUUAGCCGGCGAGCGCAGCGGUCGCGCCAUGUGACGCCAUGCCGCCCGCGCCCGCCCCCACCGACGACUCGAGCGCCUUCGCCAUCAUCAACCAUGCCGAGAGCGUGCCCAGCAAGGCAGCGGCCGCGGCCGAGCCAGCGCCGCCGCCGCGCAACGUGAACGUGGUCAAGCCGCUGCAGGUCGCGCCGCCGCCUGCCACGCACACCAUCCUCGACCCCAAGUUCUCACGCGCGCUGGAUUUUAAGCUCCGACGACUUAAAGAGAAAGAAAUUCUGCAAGCCAAUCUUCGUCGCCCGACUCGACACCGUUCCAAGAACGGAGCACUAGCAGCCUCCAACCCUAAUGUCAGCUCGAGAGAACAACCGCUGCCCAAAGUUCUUAGUCAAUCUCAUCCGCGCAUUGACAAUAUUGAGCAGGAGCUUGAAAAGAAAAUAUCCCCGAAAAUGGAUAAGUCCCCGUCCCCCGGGCGCAAGCUCCGGUCGAGGAACACACAAUCCAAUGAUGGAGACAAGCCUCGGUUCGUAACGACUGUAAAGACCGGUCAGUUUCUGCUACCGCCGCCUGAGGUAGCGCGGAUCCUCGGCCUAGAAACCCUGUACCCGGCUAAAGAAAGAGACAAGAUUGUAUACUCGUACGCGAGCAAACCGAAGGCCGUCGCUUCGAGGUCGAAACGGUCAGUCCAAGAGAAGAAGGAAAACAUAAUCCCCAACGGCAGCGUGGAGGAGGCAGCUCGGCGCGCGCGCGCCAGCCAGCUGUUCGGCGGCGUGCGCGCGCUGCUGGCCGGCGUGGCGGGCGUGCGCCACCUGCUGCAGCCCGCCGCCGACACCGGCAGUAUGGGCGCGGGCCAGUACGCCAACGUGAUGCACGAGAAGCGCGUGGUCCGCGGCAGCACCAUCACGUCGCACCCGCUGGCCGCGGGCGACGGCGUGGAGAGCGCGGCGGCGCGCGCGGCCCGCACGCGGCGGCGGGCGCUGGCGCGGCGCGCGGCGGCGGCGCGGCCCCGGCCCGGCACGCCGCCGCCCGCGCCCGGCCGCCGCCACCACCCCAUACAGACCGAGUACUACCUCGAGGAGCUGUUCGAUAAGGGCGUGGAGAUGGAGGUGGGCGUGCAGACGGACUUGUUCGUGGACCGGCCCGCCACGCCGGUGUACGUGCCGGCCAAGACUGGCGCUGACGCCUUCACGCAGAUAUACCCCGGAGACUUGUUCGACUUCGACCUGGAGGUGCAACCCAUCCUGGAGGUGCUCGUGGGCAAGACGACGGAGCAGGCGCUGGCGGAGGUGGCGCAGGAGGAGGAGCUGGCCACCCUGCGCGAGCAGCAGCGCCGCUACUGCGAGCUGCGCGACGCCGAGCUGGCCGAGCGGCAGCGCCUCGCCGCGCACGACCUGCGCCUGCACCAGGAGAAGGAGCGGCGCGUGGCGGAGGCGCGCGUGGCGCAGCUGGCGGCGACGGAGGCGCGCGAGCGCGCGGCGGCCGCGGUGCUGGUGCAGGGCUACGUGGCGGAGCUGCUGCCCUCCGUGCUCGCGGGGCUGCGCGACCAGGGCUACCUCAUGGAGAGAAUCGAACGCGGUAUCGAUGAGGAGUUCAUGCCGUGGCUUGUGGACGAAGUAUCGAAAGAAAUCGAGUCCAUCAUUACGAGCCGCGACGUCAUCAUAGAGAUCGUGCGCGACGUGGUGGAGGCGCGCGCCGAGCUGUACCGCGCGGCCGGCGAGCGCGCCGCCGACCACGUGGAGCCCGCCGAGUCCGUGACGCCGCCCUCGCAGCCCGACCCCGAGCAGGAGCCGGACGAAUAACUAUGGACAACAAGAUGAGGACAACUACGUGCUCAAGUUUCGUGUGCCUUGACUUGUGAUCAUUGCCAGUAAUCAACUAUGGACUUUAAUUUGAUUAGUUACGGUACUAAAUUGUAUGUCUUUACUAAAAUUCACACUAGCCAUGAACCAGAAAUUGAUGAUCGGGAGCAGUUUGACGGCCCCACGGUGCUCACGGCCGGAGCGACUCUGUCUCGCUGACAAUAAGGACGGUUCUGUCUUUCUGUAGUGUCAGUAGGUACAGGCGAGACGCGAUAUACUUAAUUAUACACAGUUUAACCUUUUAUUAAACCUGUUUAACCGUUCCUUCUCCGGCUCACAGUGAUGUGCGGACGUAAGUUGGGUUUGCCAUUUUCAUGUCAGAAUCACAGUUCCUCAUCAGUUCUUCAGUAGUUCCUGCAGUCAAUUUAGACAAAUCUAGAAUAUACAAAAGCUAUUCUAAUAUAGAUACCCGCUAGACAGUACGGAACGGAAUCUUGUAUUGUAGGUACAGCGUGCACGUUGCGUACGUACCCUGUAGGCUGUACCCUGUCUGUCCUGGUACUUCACUACAUACUACAUAAUGUAUUACACUCGAGCGAGUUGCCCGCCCCGUCUGUGCCGACGACUACGUUGUUACAUAUUUUUAAACCUAUUUGUUCUCUUUAGAGUUUAGAUAAUAUUAACUGAAGCUAUUUAAUUACUUGAUACUUAUUUUAGAUGUUUUGGAAUAAAAUAAUGCCAUAUUA